AUGGAGGUGCCCUUUGCGUUCCUGAGACAGGAGGUGGAAGGGGAGUUUGAGGAGACGGCGCUGAGGGGCUCAGGCUCAAGACGCAAGCGCGAAUUCAUCCCCGACGAGAAGAAGGACGCCACCUACUGGGAGAAACGACGUAAGAACAACGAGGCCGCCAAACGCUCGCGCGAGAAACGGCGGGUGAACGACUACGUGCUGGAGACGCGGCUCGUGGCCUUGAGCGAGGAGAACGCGCGUCUUCACACCGAGCUGCUCGCCCUUAAACUCCGCUUCGGCCUCCUGGGAAGCGUCACUCACUCCACGCACCCUCGGACCAUUUUACCGUUGCACCCCUGCGCCUCCCAGCCGUUCCCCGGCGCCUCCAACCCCGGGGUCGAUCGGGAGCUCCACUGGAACAGGAGGCAAGGGGUGAGAGAUCCGCAUCCUCUCCCGUCCUUCUCUCGACCCUCUUCCCUGAACACGCACCCUGGGUCUGCUUUCCUACCUACGCGUUCCAGCCUGUCCAUCAGCAGGGGUUACCCAUACUACUUAGACGUGCAAGGGAUCCUCCCCACCACAAACACGCCAGUAUUAUUACCCCCCCUGGUCCCGCCCCCCUCUGCGGCCUGGGCCGGGUUGCCCCUGCUGCCGCCAGCGAGGCAGAGGUUUACCGUUUCAGACGAAGAGGGCGAACAGCAAGUUCCGGCAACUUCCGGGACAGACGCUAGCGCCGCCCUCCCUCACAAGCUGCGUCUGAAGACCCACAGACCUCGGCCGCAGGGCGACAGCGCUGCCAUGGCAACCUCUCCUCUACCUGUCUACGUAUCCGACUGA